AUGAAAGCCUGGCUCUAUUCACGCACCACCGGCGGCCUCGAAACUAACCUGCACCUCUCCGCUAAGGCCCGGGUCCCGCCCGUUCCCCGCAACGCGGAGGUCCUCGUGCGCGUGAUCUCCGCUGCUAUCAAUCCGGCUGACUACAAAGUGCCCGAGCUGGGGCUUCCCGCACGGCUGGUCAUCGGGAUGCCGUCGUCGCCAGGCAUGGACUUCUGUGGGCGUGUCGUGGCGACAGGCCCUGCUGCGCGGCAAUUUACGCCCGGUACGCUGGUGUUCGGCAGCGUCGCGCGGCCGGUGCGCUUCGGGUCGCUGGCGGAAUAUAUGGUGAUGGACGCCGGGGCGGGCCAGGUAGUGCCGCUGCCGGACGGCGUGGCCGUGGAUGAGGCUGCGGGCGUGGGGAUCGCAGGGGUGACGGCGAUGCAGAGUCUGGCGGGGUAUGUGACGGCGGGCAGCCGAGUGCUGGUGAAUGGAGGAUCGGGUGGGUGCGGAGUGUUUGCAAUCCAGAUCGCGAAACAAAUGGGGUGUAUAGUGACGGCGACGUGCUCGACGCGCAACCGCGAGCUGUGUUUGCGGCUCGGGGCGGACGAGAUCCUGGAUUAUACGGCGGAGAAAGAUCUGGUAGGGACGCUGGCAAGUCGCGGGCUGAUCUUUGAUCACAUCGUGGAUCAUAUCGGCACGCCUGGUGACAUGUACUAUCGGUGCCAUGAGUUCUUGAAGGAAGGCGGGGUGUUUGUCCAAGUCGGCGCAUCGUCAAUGACCACACAGGUAGGGCGAAUGGGCUGGCCGGCGCUGCUGGGCGGCGGGCGCCGCAAGUAUGUGAUUCUGCUGUUUCACAACGACGAGCAGCAGCUGCGCCAGCUGGGCGAGUGGAUGGCGGAGGGCGCCCUCCAGGUGCCGCUGGACAGCGUGCAUGAGUUCGAGGAUGCGGUUCAGGCAUUUAAGAAGCUUCGUUCCGGCCGGGCUCGUGGCAAAAUCAUCGUGCAUGUCACCAAGGCUGAAGAGCAAAACCUGGAGCCGUUUGGGAUUGGGCUAUGA